CCGCCCGGACGACUGACAUUGUAGCACGCAAAUGCCGGGACAGCAGUAGUGUGUUCUGAAAUGAGCACAGCGCUUAAUGAGACAGUUUCCCGAGUCAUUAGACGCAUUAAAUUAUUAAAAUGUCGGAAACGUCAGACAUAGCGGACGUGUUGGAGAAACGUCCGCCUUCAAACUGGAUCCUUCAGCAUCCCACGUAUCAGCUAAUGAAGAAUCUGGAGGUUGGGGACAGCGAACAGGAACACGCAGCUUUCUUGGUGUAUAUGGAUCUCUCUGAGGUGCGUCAGUGGAAAGAGGUGUCUUGUGUCAAGUGUCCUGAGCUGCAGGUGGUUCUGCUGGAAGGGAAGGAGAAGGAAGGCGCACCCGUCCAGACAAUUCUGCCACUGCCUGUCCACCGCUCCCUGAGCCACAAAAGCAUACGUCAGGUGCUGGACAGAGGCUUCCCCAUGCUGUUGUGUGCUGUAGCUUCUGAUUCCACCCUGGUAUACCAGAAGAUGACUGAUGGGUUGGUGACACCUGAUCCCCCUGUAGGACCCUUCCAGGAUGUGGGACGCCGGCUGCAUCGGAAGAGACGGCAGCAGCGCUGAGCAGCUGGAGUGAGAAGACGCCUUGAACCACAGGAGUACAGAAUAGGACAGGCAGUUGGUCUUUCUGCCUGGGUAAGCUGCUCCUGAAUCAGAGCCUACGCUGGUGCUGUACGUGGCUACCAAGCCAAAUCUGUGAGUCUCUUUCAGUAAGAAACCUCUGCUUUUUGGCUUGCCCCCUGAAAACAUUUGAUCUAUUGUCACUGGUCGCACAUGUCUGUGUGUUGUGAGCAGUUCAACCAAAGAGUUUUAUUUGAAUAAUUUUCACAUGUGGUGAAGAGCUAAAAUUAUGCAGAAACUAAAGAUAUAUUUUUUCUAUGAACAUGUACAUUUCUGCUCUCCUGAUCUGUAAUGCUUAUGUGACUCCUCAGAUUGGAGGGUCUGGAAAACACUGGUGUUGUUCAGUGUUUAGAGAAACCACGUAUUGACUGUAGCAGAAUACAGGCCUGCCCUGUUGGGAAGAGUUGUUGCAUGCACACUAUAAGACUGGCUAGAUGCUCCAGCAAUGCAAUCAGGGAUGUGUUCACAAAAUCUUCCUGUAUAUUGUACACUAUAUGGCCACUAUAUGCCUUCCUCAGAACCUUCGAACUAGACUUGAAUUGAAUUCCAGUGCGUUCACAAAACAUUUUGAGUAGUAGCCCAAAUAAUAGUGUAUUUUUGCGGCUUAUAAAGACAGGUGCGGAUGUAAAUGACUGCCAUUCGCUGAAGAAUGAAGUUUGCAUCCUGUAUCAUGUUUUUUGCGUUUUAUUUUGUUGUUUCCUGAGCAAUAGAAGUACCUUAUUCUGAAAGGACAAUUGCCCGAAAACGGAAAUGGUUGACCCCGACAAGUAAAGAGUGAAUCUCUUAAAUCUAACAGGGAUGUCAUUUAAAUGAUCUCCCCAGUCGAAUGUCAUAACUAGAUAUGUAUGAUUAAUUUCUAUGUUUGCAAACGUGUUACGUUUAUCUCAGGUAACUUGUUAUUGCCUUUAACUAGCUAGCAGGUAAUGUAAGGAAGGCAUUGUUAAAGCAAGUUCUAAUUUUAAUUUGAUUUGUUUUUCAUGCUCCUCUCUGUUUAGCUCUUAAUUCGACAGAGAAAUUAAAAAAAUAGAUCAUCGUGUAAGUCCGAUUAAUUUUGUACUGAGGUUUUACAGUACAGGAAAAUAAAAUUGUAGUUAAUGUUAAUGAUGACA